ACACCCCAGACAUGAUUCUUCAGCUGCCGCGAUUUUCUUGUGUUUUCUGUCCUAAGCUCCCAAUUUGACUCUCCAAACUACUCUCUCAGAACAUUCUUCCCAGCUUUUCCAUCUCCGCCGCCACACCGCGCGCUCAAAAAGUUUAGUUCCUAAGCCGUGAGGAUGGUGAAGGCCAUAAUCGCACCGUCGAUGCUGUCAUCGGACUUCGCCAAUCUGGCCUCUGAAGCCGAAAAGAUGAUCCACUGCGGCGCCGAUUGGCUCCAUAUGGACAUCAUGGAUGGUCACUUUGUACCAAAUCUUACAAUUGGUGCUCCAGUAAUUGAAAGCCUGAGAAAGCACACAAAGGCAUAUUUAGAUUGCCACCUCAUGGUGACAAAUCCUCUUGACUAUGUGGAACCAUUAGGAAAAGCUGGUGCCUCAGGUUUUACUUUCCAUGUUGAGGCAUCAAGAGAUAAUUGGCAGGAACUUGUCCAAAGGAUAAAGUCCAAGGGCAUGAAACCUGGAGUUUCAUUGAAGCCUGGUACACCAAUUGAAGAAGUCUAUCCUCUGCUUGAAGGUGAAAACUCUGUUGAAUUGGUUCUGGUGAUGACUGUUGAACCUGGGUUUGGGGGACAAAAGUUUAUGCCUGAAAUGAUGCAAAAGGUACGCGAACUAAGAAAGAAAUAUCCAUCCCUGGAUAUAGAGGUGGAUGGUGGUUUAGGGCCUUCAACCAUUGAAAUGGCUGCUUCAGCAGGAGCAAACUGCAUCGUCGCAGGAAGUUCAGUGUUUGGAGCUCCAGACCCAGCACAUGUGAUAUCAGUAUUGCGAAACAGUGUAGACGGAGCUCAGAAAGGCAGCAGUAGUAUCUGAGGCAGGCAAGGCCUCCCUGUUGCUAUAUUGUUUCCUCCGGGUUUUGUCAAGGAAUUGAAUUCUUGUUGUACCAGGGAAUAAUAAUAUUAAAAAAAAACAAUCACACAAACAAACUUUUUAGCACACUCUCGUGUCAUGCUUGUUACUGAGAUUACAUCAACAAUUAGGUGGGACUUGAAAGUCUGAUAAUGUAUGGAUGGAUGUAAUAAAAGUGAAGCCAUUACCUGGGUAUUUUUGUUUUA